AUGGUUCACUUCGGAGCAGCUUUUCAGCGUUGUAGAGGCGAAAGCCCUUUAUUAAAUUCAUUCCGCGGCUACGAGGGGAAACCCGAAAUACGGAUAGAUUCACCUUCAAAGAGUCCCCGUAGAAAGAAGUUAGGUAUGACUCAAAGGUUGCAUUUUUAUGCAUUAGGGGUUGUUGGGGAGUUAGUACAGUUUCAAGGCAAUUGCUCCUUAGCCGCUAGGAAAAAUGCUUCCACAACCGCAUCCGCAUAUCCUCGAUACAAGAUUGACUUUGACAUCGCUCGUGCCACACAAACGGAAAUUACUUCACUCGGUCAAAGACCACAAAAAGAAUUACUUGAGCCGGGAGGUAGUCAACCGAUUACAAGGAUUAUUGGCUGGAGGGUUAUUCGCAGACUGAACUGA